CAAGUCGCCCAGGUCUCCACGCAACAAUGCAGCGUGGGCGGCCCCAGCGGCCUCAUUUGCAUAUCGCCGCGGCUCGGCCAAUGGGCUUCGCAGGGGCUCUGGAACGCAGUGUUGCCAUCGGCGUGCGCGCGUGUGUGCGAGUGUGACAGCGGCUGUGGCUGUGGCCGUGGCCGUGGGAGGCGGGCCCGGCGGAGCCCAGCCGCGCGGGGACCGGCCCGGGCUCCCGCUCCCCAAGCGCAUCGCGGCCGCGUGGCCCGGCAGAGCCCUGAGACCACCCGGCCCCGGCCGGUCGCAGUCGCGAUGUCGGUGGCCGGGCUGAAGAAGCAGUUCCACAAAGCCAGCCAGCUGUUUAGUGAAAAAAUAAGUGGUGCUGAAGGAACUAAACUAGACGACGAGUUUCUUGACAUGGAAAGGAAAAUAGAUGUUACCAAUAAAGCUGUUGCAGAAAUUCUUUCAAAAACCACUGAAUAUCUUCAGCCAAAUCCAGCAUACAGAGCUAAGCUAGGAAUGCUGAACACUGUGUCGAAGAUCCGCGGGCAGGUGAAGACCACGGGAUACCCGCAGACGGAAGGCUUGCUGGGGGACUGUAUGCUGAAAUAUGGGAAGGAGCUCGGGGAAGACUCCACCUUUGGCAAUGCAUUGAUAGAAGUUGGUGAAUCCAUGAAGCUAAUGGCUGAGGUGAAAGACUCUCUUGAUAUUAAUGUAAAGCAAACUUUUAUUGAUCCACUUCAGUUACUACAAGAUAAAGAUUUAAAAGAGAUUGGGCACCACCUGAAAAAACUGGAAGGUCGCCGCCUGGAUUACGAUUAUAAAAAGAAAAGAGUAGGUAAAAUACCAGAUGAAGAAGUCAGACAAGCGGUAGAAAAAUUUGAAGAGUCAAAGGAGUUGGCUGAAAGAAGCAUGUUUAAUUUUUUAGAAAAUGAUGUAGAACAAGUCAGCCAGUUGGCCGUGUUCAUAGAGGCAGCAUUAGACUAUCACAAACAGUCCACAGAGAUUCUACAGGAGCUGCAGAGCAAGCUACAGAUGCGAAUAUCAGCUGCAUCCAGUGUCCCCAGACGAGAAUACAAGCCAAGGCCCGUGAAAAGGAGUUCUAGUGAGCUGAAUGGUGUUUCCACCACCUCUGUAGCAAAGACGACAGGUUCUAACAUUCCCGUGGACCAGCCUUGCUGUCGUGGUCUCUAUGACUUUGAGCCAGAGAACCAAGGGGAAUUAGGAUUUAAAGAAGGGGACAUCAUCACGCUAACCAAUCAGAUAGACGAAAACUGCUUACCUGUGAAUAGCCCAAUAAACAUGACACACUGUGUUGGCAGAAGGCCUUGGUUAUUUUUAACGCUGAAGUGUUGAAUUUUAAGCACAGUCUUUCAGCUGCAAACUCAUGCCCCAUGGCUGACCAAAGUGUCACAGCGCGGAUGCUUAGAUAACGGCUCCUGAUGGGAACCUUCACUUUCCUCCUGAUUCAGACAUGACACUCAUUCUCCUUCUAGUUGGGGGAUGGAAAGCCCCUCUAUCUACUUUCAAGUUUAUUUAUAAAAGACCCCAACUCAAGCUUCUGUUGCUGCCACAUUUUGGAUGGGUUUUUCGAGCAAGUUGUGUUAUGGAUGCUUAGGAAGUAGCAUGGUCAAGAGUUGGUUGAGUCCUCAGUAACGUGAGCACCCUGACCUUGCCUAUGGUAUGUACUUGUCACAUGCUUUGGCCCACUGGAGGCCACAACAAUCCUAUUAUGGGGAGGGCCAGCUAUUAUUUCUCAUUUAAAAAGAAGGAGGCUCAUUGACUGGCUUACCUAGAAUCAAACAGCAACAUACAAGCACACCUCAGAGUUAUUGCAGGUUCUGUCCUGGCUAUAAACGAAUAAACAAAACAAAUAUAUUGUAAUAAAACGAAUAUUGUAA